GAUUGUAAAAGUUUAUAACUUAAAUAUAACUUAUAUAAAUGUUUAAAUAAUUCAUCCCUUUACAGGUUUUUAUUAAUUUUUCACCCUAAUCACAAACUAUCUUUAAUUUAACUAAAACCUCCAAAUGGAAUGGAUAAAAACCUGAUAAAAGUUGCGAACCGAAACUUCAACUCGAACCACAAUAAUGUGGGUGGACGUGCCGCGUCGAGCCCGACAGAUAUGAACGGGGCAGCGAGAAUAUUCACCAACAGUGUCGACAAUGGUGCCAUUGAUGAUGUCACAGAACUCACACAUUUACGACCACGAGGGGGCGGUAGCAAUCAGUCGUACAUGAGCGAACGCGCACCACCGGAUGAUGUCGUGUUCCUGGAGCGUGAAAUCCUACCAACAGACACGUUACAGUCGUUUGCAUUGUUGUAUGGAUGCACUUUAAACGACAUCAAACGUGCGAACAACCUUAUUCGGGAACAAGAUUUCUACGCUCUGCGUCACUUAAAGAUCCCCGUGAAACGUCACGGUUUGUUAACCGAGAUUGAAGAAGAAACGAAGCGACGCCCUGUCACCACAUCCAUUAGAGGGAGCCAGAGUGACGAUGUUUAUACGAACGAGAACCAAGAAAUUGAGUCCUCCGAAAGCUCGGAGAAUAUUUCGUUGCUAACCAGCUCGACCAAUCACAACCCAGCAACCACGCGCAACGAGGCGAAUAAAUUUCUUAAAAAACUUGACAAAGAAAUUCGAAAAACUGUUCGAAGCAGCGACGCCUUGGGUGAAAGGAACGAGGUGUUAGAAGAAGUUGUUUCGUCGCUGGGUUCGAUUGGGUAUCGACCUCUACCCCCACCUGGUGGUAAGGAUGAUUGUAACGGGGCUGAUUGGGGGGUAAAGUGGUGGGUACUACUGCUCGGGUUUCUCGCAAUUUUCUUUCUUUUUAUGAUUCUCGGUGGGUACGAGUAUUAUCACAUGACCAACAUAGAAAUCCCAACAACUCCAUCCGGUAGAUAGUUCCACAUGGUGGCGAUGUAGAGGGAUUUUUUCAACUUGUUCUAUUUCUAUGUUUAAAGAAAGUAUAUUCAGUUUUUACGUCAGAAACCAACAUUGGUGCCAACGAUAUAUUUAUAGAUAAUUUUAAGAAUUUCGACUAAAAUAAGUGUGAAAGAGAUUUUCUAGCAAUUGUGUAUUUAGUAAGCUUAAACGGCUGACAGUUUAAAUUAAACACAAACUGUGAAUCCUUUAAGAUAAAAGAAGAAACAAUUGUCAGAAAACCCCUUUCACACUAAAUAUUCAAUAAAAAUGUCAAAUUUUUCCUCAAAUUAGUAAAAAUAACAGUAAUUAUGAUGUCACAAAACUGCCAUAUUUUUAGCAUUUGUUGAUUCACCCUCACCAGUGUUUGUUAUAACACUCGUGGUUUGUUUGGAGACAAUGCUUCAUUGUGAUUAAACAAUACAAAUCACAUUCUAGAGAAAUUUAAACGGGUUAAUGAAUUUUUAUCUGAAAAUGUUAAAAUUGUGCAAUAUUUAUAAAAAGACAUCAAAUUAUAAAACGGGUAUUUUGUCAACGCCAUAAACGUUGUUGUUGUUGUAUAUUUUGUUUGGGAAAUGUUAUAGAGUUUAAUAUUCAAGAUCACGGGAUUCCGAACUUUUUAUUGCCACGCUUUUACUUUUUUUUUCAUGCACAUUUGUCUUAAACCAUGAAUUUACUUUUCUGUUGAUAUUUUUAUUUAUUGCGGAGUUUUCUGCAGAUUCAGAAAUGUUAAUAUAUAUCAUGGUUCGUGUUCACUAUUUAGAAAACCUUCACCGUUUUUAAGUUUCGCAACUUGAGUGAUUAACACCUGAUCCCAACGUUAAAUUUACCUUUGAAAUAGUUUGCAAAGUAACUUCUGCAUGAAUACAUAUAUAGCAAUAAUUGAUUUCUGAAAUUAUUGCUAUAUAUGUAUUCAGAUGCAUUCUAUGAUAAAUAUUUUGCCCUCAAUGUUAUCUCUAUGUUAAAUAGAAACAAAUAUUCCUACAAUGAUUUUAUCGGCUUUAGUAGAUUGUGGUGUAAAAGUGGCAAGGUUGUGCAAUAAAUGAAAGAUAUUCGAU